UAAUCUAAUAUUAUACACCAAAAGGUGUAAUCAGACAAGCUAAGGCUCGUUUGUUCCCCCCCGCCUACUACGUUACGUUGUCAAAGGCUAUACAACUAACAAACGAGCCGAUCGAUCGAAAUACGUACGUACAGUGAUGGGAAAGAGGAUCGACGCCUUGCUUGGAAGAAGUAGCCUCAACACCGCUAAGCUCAAAGCCACCGCAAACCUGGCCAUUUCACGCCUUGCCGUUCUUAAGAACCAGCGCCAGGCCAAGUGUUCCAUAGCCCGCUCCGAUGUGCUUCAGUUGCUCAACCUCGGCCAACACGACAGAGCUCUUCUUCGGGUUGAGCAUGUGAUGAAGGAGCAGAACAUGCUGGAUGUGUUUGUUAUAGUUGAAGGCUACUGUAAUCUGUUGACAGAAAGGGUCAACCAGUUAGAACACGAAAAGGUUUGUCCUGAUGAGUUGAAGGAAGGCAUAUCCAGUUUGAUAUUUGCAGCUACAAGGUGUGGGGAAUUCCCAGAACUUCAAGAGCUCCGUGCCAUUUUCACUGCAAAAUUUGGAAAGGAAUUCACGGCCCGGGCUGUUGAGCUCAGGAACAACUGCGGAGUCAAUCCAAAGAUGAUUCAAAAGCUGUCGACUAGGAUGCCUAGCCACGAAAACAGAUUGAAGGUCCUUAAAGAAAUCGCAAAGGAAAAUAACAUUGUUUUGCAGCUAGAGGAGACGAUGACAGAUCUUGAAGAAGCAACAAAGGAGGAAAAGGGUGUGGAAGACCGGGGGACUGCUCAUCGUAUCCCUCUUGUGUUUGAUGAAGAUGGUGCAGAAAUGGAAGUGAAGGGAAAGUACAAGGACGUGGCCGAUGCCGCCCAGGCAGCAUUUCAAUCAGCAGCUUAUGCGGCCGCAGCUGCCAGAGCUGCCGUCCAGCUUUCUCGCUCAGAAUCCGCUACUACUACUGGAUCUCAUCAUCAUCCUCCAUAUAAUACUCCCAGAUUCGUUGCAGAUAACAAAAGCUCCCAUCCAGACACUAUUAACAUCCAAACUAAUGAUGAGGAAAAAGAUAUUGUGAAUGAAGGUGGUGGAUUCAACCCCGAAACUCAACCUGCAAAAACACAAGAUAAUAAUAAUAAAAGUGCUACUGCAGAAAAUUUAAAUGAAGAUAGGAAGCCUAUCUCAAUGAGAACUAAACCCAAACAUCGCUGGUGGCAAGGAAAUGAAAAAUAAUACUUCAUCAGAUCAGAGCUCGAUCCAGUAUUUACAUAUAUACAUACAAUAUGAACAGAGUGAUCAUUGAGACGGAUUCUCUCUAGGUGGUACAUGGGGCUUAAUGUAAAAUUAGGAAACUCUUCCUUUCAUCUACUUCUGCAGGGUUGUAAUGUGUUAUCUAGGGAUUUGAAUUAAUUUAAUGUUUUUUGUUUGCCAAAAAAAAAA